CGCGCCGCCCCGCCCUCGGCCCCGCCGCUCGCUCCGUUCCGCCCGCUGCAGCCCCCGCCGUAGCCGCCGCGGAGCCCCACUGCCAACGCUCCUGAGCAGAAGAUGGCUGUGCCUCCCACAUAUGCUGAUCUUGGCAAAUCUGCCAGGGAUGUCUUCACGAAGGGCUAUGGAUUUGGCUUAAUAAAACUUGAUCUGAAAACAAAAUCCGAGAAUGGAUUGGAAUUUACGAGCUCAGGUUCAGCCAACACCGAGACCACCAAAGUGACGGGCAGCCUGGAAACCAAGUACAGAUGGACUGAAUAUGGCCUGACGUUUACAGAGAAAUGGAACACGGACAACACGCUGGGCACGGAGAUCACUGUGGAGGACCAGCUUGCGCGUGGCCUGAAGCUGACCUUCGAUUCAUCCUUCUCACCAAACACUGGGAAAAAAAACGCUAAAAUUAAGACAGGGUACAAGCGGGAACAUAUCAACCUGGGCUGCGACGUGGAUUUUGACAUAGCCGGUCCUUCCAUCCGGGGCGCUCUGGUGCUGGGUUAUGAAGGCUGGCUGGCUGGCUACCAGAUGAAUUUUGAGACCGCAAAGUCUCGAGUGACUCAGAGCAACUUUGCGGUUGGCUACAAGACCGAUGAGUUCCAGCUUCACACUAAUGUAAAUGAUGGAACAGAGUUUGGUGGCUCCAUUUAUCAGAAGGUGAACAAGAAGUUGGAGACUGCUGUUAAUCUGGCCUGGACAGCAGGAAACAGUAACACUCGCUUCGGAAUAGCAGCCAAGUACCAGAUUGACCCAGACGCCUGCUUCUCGGCUAAAGUGAACAACUCCAGCCUGAUAGGAUUAGGAUAUACUCAGACCCUAAAGCCAGGUAUCAAACUGACACUGUCGGCUCUGCUGGAUGGCAAGAAUGUCAAUGCUGGUGGCCACAAGCUUGGUCUAGGACUGGAGUUUCAAGCAUAAAUGAAUAUUGUACAAUCGUUUAAUUUUAAACUAUUUUGCAGCAUAGCUACCUUCAGAAUUUAGUGUACCUUUUAAUGUUGUAUGUCUGGGAUGCAAGUAUUGUUAAAUAUCAUGUUAGACUUCCAGGUUAAAGAUGAUUCAGCUUUAGGGUGUUACCCUUUCAGAGGUACAGAAGAAACCCAAUUUCAAAAAAGGUCCUUUCAGCUGUAGACUUGGUGGGGAGCUUGCUGGCCCCACUAGAGAUGUCAGGUUUCUUUUUUACCUAGAAAUGGCUGCAAGUGGAAGCUGAUAAUUUGCAGGCACUUUGUAAAUUCCUAUUGAGUAAUUGAAUGAAAUUGUAACUUCCUGAGAAUUGAACCUUGGUUUCCUACCCUAACUGAUUGAGGAGAGGCUCUUUGUUUGAUGGUGUGUACAAACUUAUCUGAAAGGGACUUUUUUAGGCAGGGACUUUUUCCACCUCCAUCCAUCACCUCUUUUACACAAAAAGUAGUCUGCAGGGUGUGGUAGCUCUUUCUUUUGUGCCAUUUUGGGGUGGAGAAGUUGUGAUGAAGCCAAUAAUUCAGGACUUAAUUCCCUCUCACAUUGUGUUUUUUUGCCCUUGCACCAGAGUAUGAAGUAGCUUCUAAGAGCCCCAGCUGCAAGCUGGGAAGAGUCUCUGUGACUGUAAUCACAUGGUGACAACACUCAGAAUCUAAAUUGGACUUCUGUUGUAUUCUCGCCACUCGAGUUUAUUUUUUAGCAGUUUAAUGGGUACAUUUUAGAGUUCCAUUUUGUGUGGAAUUAGAUUCUCCCCUUCAAAUGCUGUAAUUAACAUCACUUAAAACUUGAAUAAAAUAUUGAAACCUUA